UAUAAAAGCCAGGAGCAGCAGAGCGGUAUGGUGGAAAUAGUUGAACGGGACGGUGAGCCUGAAGAAAUGAUCGAAUUGCCACAGAAGAAGUACUAUCGACAGAGGGCUCAUGCUAAUCCGAUUAGUGACCAUGAUAUCGAGUAUCCGGUCUCCCCGGACCAGAUGGAUUGGAAGAGUUAUUUUGGCGAUUAUGCGAACGGACGUCAAGUGGAGUUUGUUGACGUUGGCUGUGGCUAUGGUGGCUUGUUAAUUAAAUUGUCGCCAUUGUAUCCGGAAGUGCUUAUGCUCGGAUUAGAGAUUAGAGUUAAAGUUGGUUUUUUAUUUCAUGCUCUAAAAAUACGACCAAGUUAG